GAAGCACAAGUUGUAGUGUCUGAACUCAGUCUACAUACACAUAUCUGGGCAGGUUUCCGUGCAUUGACCAUAAACUGUUAACUUAUUCACUUAAAUUAACAUUAAGGAACUUCAUUUAUUAUACAGUUUAUUUUGCUUUUUUUUUAAUAUAAUAGAGUAUUCUGUGCGUGCGACCUGCCGAUACCAGUCGUAAUUUUUGGCCAUAGGUUUCGAAAUGGCUUCUUCAAUACAGUGCGUUACAAGCGCUACCCGUGUUUUGCGUUUACUUACUGUAACGUCAAGUUUAAAAAAAACAAAUUGCUGCAAUCCAAAAAAAUCAAUAAAUACCAGCAUUGCUUUUCCCAUGCAAGCAGAAGAAAGUACAACGGCAUCAACAGCACUUGAAUAUGCGGUAACAAAUAAUAAAGAAAUGUUGUCUUUGGUUCCUUACUUUGGCCAUUCCACUCUUUUAAAAAGCCGAUUGAAUUACAUUUCGAAACCGAAUUACAGAUACUUUUCAAGUUUACAGAAGACAAACUCGAGUAACAAGUCUGCCAUAAUCACUGAUCAUAAGACAAUGGUGCCUUGGAAUUAUCGUUAUCUAUCAUCCAAAGAGGUCACGAAAAAUAUAACAUUGUUCACUAAUGAACCAUUUAAGGGUGAAGUGGAUCCAAAAACUUUAGAAAUCAAACAGUCUUCGGGGAAUCCACUUGUUUUAAUGAUGGCGUGGCUAAUGGCUAAGCAUAAACAUUUGAAGAAAUAUGCUCAAAUUUAUACGGAAAUGGGAUUCGAUGUUAUGAUCGUACAUGUGACGCCAUGGCAACUUCUUUGGCCCGUUAAGGGAACACAAGUUGUGGCUGCAGAUACCCUUAAAUUUUUGGAAAAUAAUGGAUCAUAUACGCCAAUUGUUGUUCAUGGCUUUUCUGUGGGCGCUUAUCAACUCGGAGAAGUGAUGUUACAAAUGUCGCGUAAUAAAGAACGAUAUGCAGGAAUAUUAGACAGAAUUGUCUGUCAAAUUUGGGACAGCGCAGCUGAUAUAACCGAAAUCCCUGUUGGAGUGCCGAAGUCGCUUUUUCCUAAAAAUCCACGUAUGCAAAGUGCUUUACGUAACUACAUCCUUUACCAUAUGAAAACAUUCCAUAAUCAAGCCACUAUCCAUUAUAUGCGAUCCAGUCAAAUAUUUCACUCUACUUUAAUUAAACAACCAGCAUUGUUUUUUGUAUCAGAAAAUGAUAAUAUUGGACCGCCAUCUUCGAACCACGCAGUACGUGAAAAUUGGGAGCGUGCUAAUAUAAAAUGUACUUUUAAGUGUUGGGAGCAUUCGCAACAUGCAGCACAUUUUAUUAGGCAUCGAGAGGAAUACUUAGGGUGUCUAUUAAAACAUCUUGAAAGUUCUGGUGCGAUCGACAGUAUCGGCUUAAAAACACGCGCAAAAUUGUAAUUACAAAACUGAACAAGUGAAAUUAGCGGAAUUAAAAAAUAAAAAUCAAGAUUAAACUUUGAUAAGGACAAACGUCGUUCAUUGUUCGCGGGAGUAACUAAAAACUUGUUUGACAACUUUUAAGUUACAUAUCCGAGGCAUUUUCUUCUUAUUAUUAUAUAAGCCGUAUUACGAAAACAUAAUGACGAAAAAGCCAGACAAGAAUCGUACAACCUUCAUACAAAUUAUUUUCAAUUUAAAAAGUAUUAGGCUUUAAGAUCAUAAUUAAAAUGUUUGCAAUUAAAGCCUUGAAACAAGGGGAAAAACAAUUAUAUAUAAUAAAAAUGUGUACAUAGAGCAAAUGACCAAUGUCAUUGGCAUCUUCAUCAUAAAUAUAAAUUCUGUAGACAUGUUUUUGAGUGUAUGGUUAAUAAAGAAAUAUAGUACAUAUGUUCAUAA